AUGUUACAGUUUGUUCCAUUCUCCAUACUUGAACGACUCGGCUUCCCCAACUUUCGCACAGCUCGUGCCGCUUUCUACCGUCGAGCCAAGGCUCUCUUCCACGUCGACUCAUACAGAAGUAACCUGUGUAGCGCACAAGGCGCUUUGCUUCUUACAUACUACGUCUCAGCUUCGGAUUCUCAGGCGAACACUCAAUGGCUGAGCAGCGCCAUAAGUCUAGCUAGAACAAUCAACGCACAUCGACAACACCUCCUCGGGGAAGCUUCUGUCCAGCGUCGGAGCGUACUACAGCGGCUCUGGUGUUGUUGCCUGGUCCGAGACCGGAUUCUGGCGCUAGCACUACGAAGGCCAUUGCAGAUCGGAGCAGAGAAGGAAAUUCUUGCUGGAGACGGAGCCAGGAUCCUUCGUGCUGAAACGGCUCAGUCGAUUGUCUAUGACUUCCCCACCAAGCUGGCUUUGUCGACUUCAUUCUCUGCACUUUGCAAACUGGCCAACUUAUCGAGUCAGGUUCUUUGCAUCUUGUCAUUGGAUCCAUCGAGCCCAGGCUCCGAGGAGCUGACGACGAUUACUGAGAGGGUGCAGGAUUGUGCAGAAGACCUCGAUCACUGGUUUGCCGAAAAUUUGGCAAGAUACCGCGUCAAUAGCCUCGCAGAUAAAUUUCUCACCCUGCAAAACAAUGUCAUCUCCAUCUACUAUCAUUCGACCAAGAUAGCACUCUGGAAUCACGCAAGUUAUGCUGCAAUCACGAAAGGAUGUCCUUUACAUGUGGAGGCUUCAGCGGGCUGGAGAGAAGUCGAAACUGCCAUCCACGGCAUUGAUACGAGUCUGCAGCGAAUCGCCGAUCAGGACAUGCUGUCAUUCAUGCCCAUUUCCAUUGUUGCCCAUAUCGCCAUACCUGUUCUCCGACAUAUCUUGAAUAUCAAGCUGCGUCAGUGGGAACAAUCAGCCACCGCUCGCAGGCGCCUAGAAGUCUAUCUCGCUGCUCUGAAUGCACUCAAAGAAAAAUAUGAAGGAGUCGACCAAGUCCUCGACUACAUUCGUCGGAUCGUCACCUGCUUGGAUGCGCGCAGAAUGCCGCCUCCUUCCUCUCGGGACGUUAUAUUGCCCGAAAAGUGUCCUCCAUCGAACAACAGCGAUGGCGUAGAAAGCCUCGUCGGCUCGCCCCAGGUUUUCCUGAGGGCGAUUGUCGUUAUCCAGAUCGCGUUAUCACAAGGCAAAUACCCCGAAGAGCACGAAUUGCCUGCGCUGCCGGUCUCUUCUCCUGCGGGAAGCAGCACUCAGAGUAUGUGUAGCUGUCAGUCGAAUGAGAGCUGUGAGCUGCCUGACUUGGGAGACACCUUCGACGGUCUGCUAGACACGACGUUCAUCACUGGUGCGCUCGAAUUAAUACAAACAGAAGAUGCCUACGUGGAUGAUGCCAUGGUAACGGGGCAACCCAACUCGUUCACAAGUGAGGUAGACUUCGACGAGUUCAUCGACCUUCAUGACAGCACUUGA